CAACAACUAUCAUGCUCCGCCCAAGACAUCUCCCCCUCCGCUCCCUCGCCCGCGCUCCCCUCUCACGACCCACAUACCGCCCCACACCCCUCGCCCGCCGCCUCCUCUCCACCCCUCCCACCCCCAGAUCCACCGGCUCCUUCUACAUCUCCAAUGUCUUUCCCAUCAAAUUCGGCCGCCUUGACCCUCGCCCUGCCCUCGCUUCUCUACAGCAAGAGACAUUACUGGACAAGCUGCAUGCCAUAGCGAGUGGCGUAGACGCGCAUGGCUUCAGGGUGGAGAGUUUUGAAGUCAGCUGGAAAGAUGGAGGUGUAUUCAUGCACUACUCUUACGUGCCUCCAGCAGAGGACGUGACGCCAACAGCAGAUGCUGAGGCUGCCGAGGAAAAAGUCGCCAGACUAGGUGUGGAACCCGGACUCGCGAGCUGGACGAAGAACCUCCCCGGACGGCUGUUCAUCCCGCACCUCGAGGAGAGCGCCAAAGCGCACGGGGGAUGGCCGAGCUGGUUGGGCAAGUACUGGGCAAGCAAGCAGUGGAGUGAUAGGAAUAGAGAAGUACCGGGGCAUACGCUGUACUCGGCUGUGGAAGAGGAUGCGGAUGGGAUGGUUGAGGAAGGUGGCGGCUUGAGAAAGGGAAGUGUGGGGGGCGUUAGGGGGCUGCAGGCUGCUGCUGGUGGCGGAAGAGUAUGGGUGGUCAAGGGCAAGCAAUGGACAGAGGAUAUGAACAGGUUCGCCUCGAAUAGACUACGGGUCGAGUUUGAAGGCCCCGACGUCUCUCAAGAGAUGCUCUACACCCUCUUCAGACCCUACGGCCGCCUCGCAGACAUAACCCCCCCUUCCCCCGUCCCCUCUGGCUCCCUCCGAUACGCCGUCGUGUCCUACUCCGGCCUCACCCCCGCCGCCAUCGCCAUCAACUCGCUUCACGGCUAUUCUACCGCCACCAACAGCGCCGACUUUUCCCUUAGGGUAUCUUCUGCCAGAACACAAGGGGAGGGGGAGGAGAAGAAGCCGAUACCGAUGAGUCGGCUGAGGCUGUAUUAUGAAAGACCGUUGAAGGCGCAUGCGAUGAGGGAUUGGGUGAGCUCGCAUCCGAGGUUGGUGUUGCCGGUGGUAGCUUUCUUGAUCGGUACUCUGAGUUACACUUUCUUCGACCCCAUCCGAGAAUUCUUUGUAAGGUCCAAAUUGGAAGGCGUCUGGGAUAUCGAAAAGUAUUCCUUGAUCAAGACGCUCCGCUCCAAAUUCUCCCUCCCUACCUCCUUCUCCUUCCUGAACUCCUCCUCCUCUUUUUCCGACUCUUCAGACGAAGAGGGUCUCGGCCGCAAUGCCUGGAAAGACCGUAUCGAAGCUGAAAAGGGUGUCGAAUCCUGGCUCGCCGAGUAUCCUAGCACGUUCAUCGCCAUCACCGGUCCUCCAGGAUCUGGGAAAGGUAGUCUGGUGCAGAGAGUGUUGAAGCAGCAGGACAAGCCGGCGAUGGUUAUUGACUGUGAAGCUAUUGCAAAGGCGAAGAAUGAUGCGGGGCUUGUGAGCGCUUUGGCAGAACAAACUGGCUAUUACCCAGUGUUUUCCUUCAUGUCAUCCAUCUCUGGCUUGAUCGACCUCGCCGCGGUCGGCCUGAUCGGCCAAAAAGCAGGCUUCUCAACCCCAACCGACCAACAGCUCCGCCAGAUUCUCGAAACCGUCGGCUCCGCCCUCAAAGACGUCACUGCCCACGCCCUCAAAUCCCACGCUGACGACGUGCAGUACCAAAAAAGCCACCUCGAGCUCGAAAAACUCAAGGACAAGCGAAGGGAGAUGAUUAGGCGGGGGUGGCAUGAUGGGAGGUUGGAUUGUGUGGCUGGGAAUGGACUGAGUGAACUUGGGGGUGGGGAAGAGCCGUUUUGGGAGGCUGAUAUGGAUGAGGUGCAGCAGGAGAAGGUGGUGGUGAAGGAGAUUGGAGGGAAUGUGGCGCCGAUUGAAGGGGGAACGGUGGCUGUGACUACCGAAUCUCUUGGUCCCACGCCUUCUCGCCCCAUCAUGCCUCAACCAGCCUCCGAGACCCAACUCUCCAACGAGCUGGACCCCGAAUCAGACGCCAUCAAGUCUCUCCCCAUCAUCGUCCUCAAAAACUUUGCCCAAAAGACGGCCAAGGGCGAUCUCUGGAACGUGCUCGCCGAAUGGGGUGCCAGUCUUGUCGAAAACAAGAUUGCGCAUGUGAUUGUCGUUACGGAAGGACCGACAGCGACGAAGGCGCUGACAAAGUCGUUGCCGGCCAAGCCGUUGAACCUCGUAGGGUUGGCAGAUGCGGACGAGACCAAUGCGCUCGCAUACGUCUCUGAAAAACUCCGGCACCACUCUUCUUCCCCCAGACCCACCUCUUCCGACGACAAGAGCGUCAACACCCUCUCCGCCGAGGACAGCGCGCAAAUAGCCAAGCUUGGCGGACGUAUGGUCGACCUCGAAACGCUCGUCUACAAAGUCCGCUCGGCCGGGCUCAAGAUCCAAGAUGCGGUGGACGAUAUCAUUUUGAGGAAUGUGGUGGAGCUGAGGAAGGCGGCGUUUGGGGAUGAUAGUGUUGAUGCGAAGGGGUUGGCGUGGACGAGGGCGCAGGCUUGGAAGAUUGUGAAUGAGCUCGCAAAGAAGGGCGAGAUUCCGUAUGCCAAUGUGUUGCAAGAGUUCCCGUUCAAGGGGAGCGAGCAGAGCUUGAAGGCGUUGGAGGAGCAUGAGCUGGUAUCGGUGACGUAUGUGGACGGUCGGGCAUCGAUGGUGAAGCCUGGCAAGCCGGUGUUCCGAUACGCCUUCCAGGCUCUUGUCAAUGACCCGGUAUUCAAAGCUUCAUCCCAGAUCGAGUACAACACCGCCGUCAUCGCCAAAUCCGAAUCCGACAUCCAAAAGUACGAGCAAGAGCUCCAACAGCUCAAGAACAUUACCUCCGACGGCGGUUCCGAGGCUCUGGGUAUCUCUGGCGGAUGGCUGAGUUUAGGGUUGGGUGGGAAUAGGGCGAUUAGGGAUAGGGGACGGUGGUUGUUGGAUAAGAUGGGUGAUUUGGUGGAUAAGGUUGCAAAUUUGGAGAGGGAGAAUAAGGAGUGUGUCAAGGUUCUGAAGACGGGGAGAUGAGCAGGCGUAUUGAGAGAACGAAAAAAGAAGUACAGUACUCGAGUACUCGAGUCGCUAUCUUGAUGCACCACUGCGAAUCCAGCAA